AUGCCUGCCGUAAAGCGCACGUCCCUUGCCGCGCAACUCAAGGAGCGUGGCAAUUCUGCGGCUGUCGCGCGCUUGGAGCUGGGGCCGCGCUCUUCCUUGGUGGCUAUUGCCCGUCGUUGGGGCCAUGCUUUCUGGGUCUUCGAAGGCCUGGACGUGAACGUGCCUCUCUGGCAGGUGCAGAUUGGCGGUGGGCAGGCAAGAGCCUUUGGCUACAAAAUCAUGGCCGCAGCGCGAGACGCCCUGCAAUCCCACCCAGAUGAAGCUAUUCGUAGCCUGGCAGAUUUGCAGAGCAAGGCCAAUGUCCGCUUGCAAAUUGGAGGUCCUCCCCAGACCGGCCCAGCAGAUCCAGAUGGUGUGGGCUUGGUGGAAUGGCGAGUUGCACUCUACGUGGCAGGGCGCUCACCGCAAGCAGCUUUGGACUUCAUUCAGCUCGUCUUGGAUCACAAGGUCGAGAAGGGGCUUUUGACCGCGCGGCCCCGCAUGUGCAUCCAGAUGCUGUCGGACUUGCCUGAUGACAUUGAAAUUGCUGCGCCGUGGUGCACGCUUGCUGCGUCGGAAGAGCCGGGCGCGUCCUGCGCACCUUUUGCAGCUUUGCCGCCAAAGGGCCGGAGGCACAUCAUCGCCCAGCUGGACCUGGACAAUGAAGACGACGACGAAGAUACCGACAACCAAAAAUACUUAUUGAGCUUCUUUGGUGGCAUUUACAGUUUCCGCGAGCGGUUUGACGACCGCGCAAUAGAAGGAACAACCUUGCCCACAAUGAGCGGAGGCCAGAGCGAAUACAUUCGCUAUAUCAACAUUACAAACGAUGAGGCCUCCCGGGAACGCAUCCUUGAAGUGCUGGAGGGAGUGCUGAAAGGCCUGCCCGUUUAUUUCGUAAACCUGGCCGGCGAAGAUGAUGAGCUUGCGGUUUGGCUUCAAGAACAAGCAGCAGUCUUCCCGGCCGGCCAGCGCUGA